GUCGUCAGAAUUUUGAUGACGUGACAUACGGAAGUGCUGACUGGGCUGACAUUGAGUUUGACUGCCUAGUUAGCCACACUACUCGACCCAGUGAAAAACGGCCCGUUUUUGCAGUUCAUUUUAAUUUAGUUUUACUUUAUUUUUUUUACAAUUUAACUUUACUUUUUGUUAGCCCAAGUGAAAAAGAAAGGGCAGAAUAAGGGGUCUGCUCAUUCUUCUUGUCGAUUCCCUUUCUUCAUUGCUGGAGGCGGAGGAUGCUAGGGAAGACGACGAUCGUAUAGGGAAAGCAAGGAUAAGGGCAGAGGAAAGAAGCGGUCCACUCGUGUCGAUCGGAAAAGUGUUUUGAAUUUGAAGAAAGCACAAUUAGGGGAAUUGUCAGAAACUAAACCCAAACAGAAGGUACAUAAAAGCACAAUAGUUUUUAGGGUUUCUGUCGAUCUUCCCUGAUCAUCCAACAAAAUGAGUUCGAUAAGAAGAGGAGUGGAAGGAAGGAAGGAACGAAGAGUAUGGAGAAGGUUAGAAGAUCGGUCGUGCUUACCUCCGCCUCCCUGCAGAUCGCAGCCUCCUCUCCUACCCGUUCGACCACCUCCAGCAGAGAAGAAAGGGAAGGAAGACAAAGUCAACCUCCCCUGCCCGAUCGACACGAGUGGACCGCUUCUUUCCUCUACCCUUAUCCUCGCUUUCCCUGUACGAUCGUCGUCUUCCCCGGCAUAUUCUGCCUCCAGCAGUGAAGAAAGGGAAUCAACAAGAAGAAUGAGCAAACCCCUUCUUCUGCCCUUUCUUUUUUACUUGGUCUAACAAAAAGUAAAGGUUAAUUUCAAGUUUGGUCACUGGAUUUACAAAAAACGUUCUUGUUUGGUCACUAGAAAUAUUUAAUUCCAUUCAUGGUCACUAAAAUCAGUUCAACAAUUCAAGUUUGGUCACUCUCCGUCCAACUCCGUUAACUUUUGCUGAUGUGGCAGUCAACUCUCAUAGUUGACCGUUAAAUGAAUGAUGUGGCAAUUAAAAAAUAAUUAAAUUUAAUCUUUCAUUAUUUCCACCUCAUUUUCACAAUUAUUAAAAAAAGAAAAACCCUGAAAAAUAAGGUAAAAUAAAAGAGAACUUCUAUUCUCCCGCACGUCGACGGGUUUCCGACAAUAGAUCUCUUCACCUCCUCUCUUCUCCAUCCGGAUCUUCCUCCCAUAAUCGACCCCCAACCCUCUCGCCUCAGUUUCGAAGCUCCAUUCCAGAGGUAAGCCCCUCAACGAACGGAUCUCGAUGUCGGCAGCGCCCGGAACUCGCUUGUCGCCGUGCUUGGUUUCGCGAACGAAGAAGGGAGAGCUCAGAGCUGCUUAAUUGAUGUCGCUGCUUGUUUUAAUAUGGAUCAAGAGGCAGAGAGAGAGAUGGAACCAUCAGGAAGGCACACUUGCGAACUGGGUACAUUCUGUAUGGGUUCGGGUUCGAUUCGGUGGACGAUGAUUAUAAGCUGGUGAGGAUGGCAAAUUUCAUCACAGGAGCAAUUCCUGGAAGAUGAUUUUGGAUGGGGCUUUCUCGGAGCUUAGUCCGUCCACCUCCCGCCAAAAAAAUUGCGACUGCUCGGCAACGGCGAGGAGGAGCAGGAGUAGGUGAACGUCGACAAGGAAGAAAAAAAGGCGGCGUUCGAUUCACGUCGCAACGGCGGAGGCUUUCUAUCGAUGUUGAAGAAGCUGUAGUUAAUAUGCGGCGGUGGUGGGGAGAAGAAGGCAAGGAAGAAGGGAGCGCGUCUGGCGGUGUACAUCGGUGAGGAAUUGCGGCGAUCCCACUCUGUAUCCGAUUCUUGCAUAAGCCCUUGCAUUAGGUUUUGCAUAUAUAGGAGAGGUAUGGAGUUCUCGUUCCAUUGGGUGCUGCCUUAGAGGGCUAUGCUGGGCUUGAAGAAUUAAAUUGUCUCUUUUGACUUUUUUGCUAAGAAGUUUGAUGAAGUGCCUCAGCCUGAGUAUGAGAAUGAAGAUAUGAGCUACCAAGUUGAUGUGGGGUUCUGAGAGAGGGGCAGCUGCCACGAAUAUAUCGGGCGACGGUAAGGAUUUAGGUAUUAUAAUUUUUUUUUGUUUUAUUUAUUUAAAUUUAUUGUGCAAAUGAGGUGGAAAUAGUAAAGAUUAAAUUUAAUUAUUUUUUAAUUGCCACAUCACUCAUUUAACAGUCAACUAUGAGAGUUGACUGCCACAUCAGCAAAAGUUAACGGAGUUGGACGGAGAGUGACCAAACUUGAAUUAUUGAACUGAUUUUAGUGACCACGAAUGGAAUUAAAUAUUUCUAGUGACCAAACGUGAACGUUUUUUUGUAAACUUAGGCCCCGUUUAGUAUUGUUGCUUGUUUCUGUUUUUUGUUGUGGUUUUUCAAAUUGUAGAAACCAAGAAAAAAAAAUAUGUUUAGUUGAGUUUUUAAUUUUUGUUAUGAAACAGAUUUACACAACCAAACCAAAAUUAAAGAAACAACAAAAGAUUGCUUUGGAUGUGUUUCCCCUAUCUGUUGCACACGGGUUUUUUUAUAGGUUUUCAUUAAAAGCUUUUUUACCUUUCUCUUUCCCAGCGGCGCCCUUUCUUCUUCUUCUUCUUCUUCUCCUCCAUUUCACGACCCAUCGCCUAUGGCCUCCCCUCUAUCAUCUGACUUGCCGCCUCUGCAACUCUCUCUCAUCAUUCUGGCGCUGCUUUAGACCUUUAUCAUCCUUCCGCCGCCAAACUCGAAUUCACUGACGGUAGGAUCCUAAAAUCCCCGUCUUUUUCUUUCCAAUUCAGAUCCCACUCAAAAUCCCCUUCCUUUUUCUUUCUAAUUCAGAUCCCACUCCUAAUCCCCUUCUUUUUCUCUCUUUGCUGCAAUGGUGAUUGGUGAGACAGGGGAAAUCCAGACGACUUCAUUUCAGGGGCCUGUGGGGCAGUAGAAGCGGCUUCUUCAGCUUCAAGGUCGGGCGGCAAAUUCCCCAUUCCGGAUCGACAAGUUCACCUCAUGAAUAGGAAUAGCCGAGGACGGCCGCCACUUACAUUUGCUUGUUUUUUUGCCAAGAACAGAAGCAGCAGAGGACGAACAAGAUUUCAAGAUCUUGAUUUUUUUAACUCUUCAAAUCAACGAAAACAGCAGAAGUAAACAUGUUUUUCUUUUGAUUUUUUUGUGUUUCAUAAUUUGUCAAUUUUGUGAGAUGAACGCGUUGUUGAUUUCAGUUGUGUUGGAGUUGUUGUUGCUUUUCUGUUGGCAAAACCUUGACAAAACACAACUAGUUAAAAACUAUACUAAACAAGGCCUUAGUGACCAAACUUGCAAUUAACCCCAAAAAGUAAAGUUAAAUUGUACAAAAAAAUAAAGUAAAAUUAAAUUAAAAUG